GAAGCAGACAGUAGGCACUGAGGCACUUCUCGUGUCAUGUCACCAGCGCAAUCUUGACAGUGUGCGGUGCGAGUUUGUGAGUGAUAAGUGCAAUCGAAGUGCGCAGUGAUAGACUUUCGACGCUCACAUUGGUUGGGGUUGAUUGAAAUAGUUGGAAUACAUUAUCCAGUCAGAGUUAAUCCGAUACCGUCACUCACACAAAUGUCCGUGGACAAGGAAGAGCUGGUUCAGCGAGCCAAGCUGGCCGAGCAAGCUGAGCGAUAUGACGACAUGGCAGCGGCAAUGAAGAGCGUCACAGAGACAGGCGUGGAGCUUAGCAAUGAAGAACGCAACUUGCUGAGUGUCGCCUACAAGAAUGUGGUAGGAGCGCGACGUUCGUCAUGGCGAGUCAUAUCCUCCAUCGAGCAGAAGACUGAGGCCUCGGAGAGGAAACAGCAGAUGGCGAGGGAGUACAGGGAAAAGGUCGAGAAGGAGCUGAGAGACAUAUGUUACGACGUUUUGGGUCUUUUGGACAGGUACCUAAUUCCAAAGGCAAGCAAUGCCGAAAGUAAAGUGUUCUACCUGAAAAUGAAGGGAGACUACUACAGGUACCUGGCAGAGGUUGCAACAGGGGACACAAGGAAUGCCGUGGUAGACGACUCACAGAAAGCCUACCAAGAUGCGUUUGAAAUCAGCAAAGCCAAAAUGCAACCAACACAUCCAAUCAGGCUGGGCCUUGCGCUCAACUUCUCAGUUUUCUACUAUGAAAUCCUCAAUUCACCUGACAAAGCGUGUCAGUUAGCAAAACAGGCAUUCGACGAUGCGAUUGCCGAACUGGACACACUAAACGAGGACAGCUACAAGGACUCUACCCUGAUCAUGCAGCUGCUGAGAGACAACCUAACGUUAUGGACAUCAGACACGCAAGGCGAUGGGGACGAACCCCAAGAGGGCGGAGACAACUAAUACCCUUCCCUCCACUCCCUCUCCCACACUUGCAUACGCCGUUCUACACACUUGAAUGUUAGCAAAUAUCCAAAGCUAUGCCGAUCAUUUUGUUUAUUUAUUUCGAUGUAUGUUUUCGAAAGUUCUUCUUUAUUGUAUAAAAUUUUGAUACUCCGUUUGUUGUCAGACAUGUUGUUGUUAUUUCUGUACGAUGUUACUUUUAAUUUUACUCGUAAAUUUUAUUGUCGGGCUUUACAUUAAAAUUUAGAAAUGCACGGCUUGUUUGUUCUACUGAUGUAGGAUGCAAUAAAUUUACAAUAAAAUAAUUUUGAAAGUGUCGAGUGUUGUGAUGUACGACGACGGACGGCGUGGCAUAGCUUUGUUAAUACUUGCUUUCAGGAACAUGGAGCCUCCCCUCGCAGCUUACACUUCACGAACCGAUCACUUUGCGCGCGACACUUCAUCUCCAUCUCUCGGUCUAAGUGGAUGUGUUGUGAAAGAACUUUCGAUCAGGGUGUUAAUCGGCUCUUUGUAAUUUUCUGUGAAUCGUACUGUGUCCGUUUUUCUAGACCGUAAGAGUAUCGGUUAGUGUACACGGUCGAAUAAUUGUCAAAACACAGUAUCUCCGAUACCCAGUUGUUUAAAUGUUUCUUCUGAAAAUAUUAAUUUGUAAACUUUUUAACACUCAAAAGAAAAAUCAAAUUUGUUCAUCAUGAAAUAUACUAUGGGAGAUUAGAUGAAAACUUUUAUUAUUAUACAAUAAACUAUGUUAUUUGUAUGGAAUCUUUUGUAAUUUGUUACAUCACUCUUGGCUAAAUUCACUUGGCUUGGCAGUGGUCCCUCUCCUCGACUGUCGACUGCAUGAUCUGAGACCAAUUGUACCUGUAUCCGUUUGUAUUCGGUAAAAGAAGUGUUGAGCCCAUCUGAACAUCUCAAAUGUUGUAUAGACGUGACGCAAAAUGUGAAUGGUUUUUGCUGUUGUGCUCUACAUAUUCCUGAACUUUCCAAGACAAAUUCCUUCCUUACGUCGAAUCAAAUUGACAUGCUGCCAUAUGUUUUAGUGCUCAAAAAAUCUCUAAAUCCGAAAGGAAGGGUCAGAUCUUUGAAAGUUCUCUCUACUCGUGUAAUCACUCAUUUCCUUCAUAUUAAACCUAUUUUUAUUUAUAAAUACCGUUAUAUCUUUUAUUCUGUCCUUAGAUUUUUCAUGCCGUUAACGUUAUACAAGAAUUUGACGUAAAUAUACAUAGCUAUUUUCACACAUAAGCGUUUUGUAAUUUUAAUGUGUCCGUUGUAAACACUCAUUAUAAGUUUGCGAGUAAUAUUUGAUUUUAUUGAUCGGUAGCUAAAUUAGCUUUUGUAAGUUUUUCAAAGGGUAAUUGUAACAUUGAUCUUGUUCUCUAAAUGCAUGUGAAUAAGCCAUGCUUUCACUAAUGUGUGAAAUUUUGUUUACAUAAAUUAAACAAACCUGACAACCUGGCGUCAUAUUUUUAAGUUGUGAGUGAUUCAAAUUCUAAUUGGACAUCCAAAUAGUCGCGACAGGAACUGUGUUGUUUCAUGCCUUAGCAUUUCAUUUAGUUUGGACUGCAUUUGAAGCCUAGAAUGCAUGCGGAUGUCCAAUAAUCACCCAAAGAUUCGUUUUAUGACUCCAGUUGAAAAAUGUACUAAAACAUUUAAGUUGAAAUCUAAUUAUAAUUUUUGUUACUACUUAUUUCAACAUGUCUAUAGUUGUCAUAUUUUAUUUUUGUUCAACAUUAGAAUUUAAUAUAUUAAAAUUUUCAAGAUUU